GCGGCUCAGCGCCUCGCCCGAAUUCGGAGCGCCGUGCGUUCAUUGCUGCAUUGCCAGAAUGAAGUGCCAGGUGAUCCUGGCGUUGCUGCCAGUGCUGGUGCUGGCAGCGCUGGAGUCGCCGGCCAAGAAGGUGGUGCUCUUCAUCCAGGAGCUUCAAGAAGAGAUCAAGGCCGACAUGGCGAAGGAGAAGGCCUCUUUCGAGACCUUUGCCGCCUGGUGCGAUGAGACCACAAAGGCGGCGAAAGAGAACAUCAAGACAGCGGAGGAGACGAUCGAGAGCUGCAGCCGCAGGAUCGAGGCGCUCUCGGGCUUCGAGGCCGCCGGCGGGGCGGAGAUCGCCAACGCCGAAAAGAACGUGGUCGAGACCGGCAAGCGCUUGGAGGAGGCGGCGGCCAUGCGGGCGAAGGAGAAGAAGGCCUUUGAGGCUUCCAAGGAGGAGCUGGAGGCGUCUCUCCAGGCCAUGACAGAGGCGCUCAAAGAGUUCAGCGAGGAUGGCAGCGCCUUCCUGCAGCGGCGAAGCCAGGGCACCGGUGCUCUUCGUCGGAUGCUGCAGCUGAACAUUGUCAGCAGCAAGGUGCCAAUCCAGGACCUCCAGCUGCUCAGCGCCUUUGCCCAGAGCGGCGAUCUUUCGCUGCUUCAGGGCGCGGGUGUCGGCGGCGGCAUGGGGCAGGUGAUUGGCGUCCUCAAGACCACCAAGACCGAUUUCGAGGAGGAGUUGAAGGAGCUCCUUGCAGAGGAGGAGGAGAAGAGCAAAGUGCACGGCAAGAUGAUGGGCUCCUUGCAGAAGGAGCAGAGCGACUUGGAGACUUUCCUCCUGGAGCAGAAGAGCAACAACGGGAACUCUGCGAAGGAGUUGUCAGAGAAAAAGACUUUGCGCGACGAGACCACUGCACAGCUGAAGGCGGACAAGGAGCUGUUGACGAGCACAGAGGAUACCUGCAAGGAGAAGACCUACCAGUUCAACGACAGGAAGAAGCUGCGAGAUCAGGAGCUGAAAGGCGUGAAGCAGGCGCUGGAGCUCCUCACCAGCGACGAUGCCCAAGCUGCCUUCCAGGGCUCCGCCGCGGUGUCCUUCGCACAGCUGCGGCAGCUGAGACACCACGACCAGCGUCGCGAGAAGGCGCUUCAGGCCCUCCAGGCGACCGCGACGAAGUCUCGCAGCCUGGCGGUGGCCAAGAUCGCCGCGGAGCUCUCUACCGGGGGCGUCUUCCGGAAGGUCAUCAUGCAGAUCGACACGCAGAUCGGAGCUCUGCAGGCGGAGGAGAAAGAGGACGUGGAUCACAAGGAUCGGUGCCUGAAGCAGAUGGCCGCCUCCGAUGAGACUUUGUCAUUGCUGGAGGACAGCAUCACCAAGGCUGGCGUGAAGAUCGGGCGCAUGGAGGGCCAGGCGGGGGAGAUUCAGAAGGAGCUGGACACGCUGAAGGCUGAGAUCAAGGAGACUGGGAAGGACAUCGUGGAUCGCCAAGAGUCCCGCGACAAGGAGCGUGAAGAGCACUUGGCGGCGCUGAAGCACGAUCAGGAUGCGCUGGUUCUCAUGGACAACGCUAUGGAGCAGAUCACCAAGUUCUUCAAGGACAACAAGGUGGACGUGGGCGCCUCCCUAAUCCAGCGCCACCAAAGUGGAAAGCCGGGCGCGAUGCCGGACGCUGGCUUUGAGGAUGCGGACUACCAGGGCCAGAAAGACUCCACCAAGGGUCUGGUCGCUAUGAUGCAGAUGGUCAAAGAGGACCUGGAGGCGGAGAUCGAGAACGGCAAAGCGCAGGACACAGAGAACCAGGCGCUCUAUCAGAAGGACUACGCCGCGCUGAAGGAGUUGCUGGACACCCAGAAGCAGCAGCAGCUGACCGCCACCAAGGCGCUGGCCGACCUGAAGGAGGACACGGAGGGAAAGAAGGAAUUCCAGGAUGACAAGGCUGCUGAGAAGAAGUCGGAAGAGAAGAACAAGGAGAACUUGCACGCGGACUGCGCCUGGGUGAAGACCAACUUCGACUCCCGCAGGGAGAAGCGGCAGGCCGAGAUCCAGGGCUUGGUGGAAGCCAAAGGCCUCCUGGCCGCCGUGUGAGCCGCGUUAGGCCGUUAGGCGCGAGGGAAAACCCCGGCGCCGGUGGGGCAAAAGAAGGUCUGUGC